AUGCGCCGGGACCCGGACUACAGAGACCCGGACUACGGAGACCUGGACUACAGGGACCCGGACUACAGGGACCCGGACUACAGGGACCCGGACUACAGGGACCUGGACUACAGGGACCCGGACUACAGGGACCCGGACUACAGGGACCUGGACUACAGGGACCCGGACUACAGGGACCUGGACUACAGAGACCCGGACUACAGAGACCCGGACUACAGGGACCCGGACUACAGGGACCCGGACUACAGAGACCCUGACUACAGGGACCCGGACUACAGAGACCCGGACUACAGGGACCUGGACUACAGGGACCCGGACUACAGGGACCCGGACUACAGGGACCCGGACUACAGAGACCCGGACUACAGAGACCCGGACUACAGAGACCCGGACUACAGGGACCCGGACUACAGGGACCCGGACUACAGGGACCCGGACUACAGAGACCCUGACUACAGGGACCCGGACUACAGAGACCCGGACUACAGGGACCUGGACUACAGGGACCCGGACUACAGGGACCUGGACUACAGAGACCCGGACUACAGAGACCCGGACUACAGGGACCCGGACUACAGGGACCCGGACUACAGGGACCCGGACUACAGAGACCCUGACUACAGGGACCCGGACUACAGAGACCCGGACUACAGGGACCUGGACUACAGGGACCCGGACUACAGGGACCCGGACUACAGGGACCCGGACUACAGAGACCCGGACUACAGAGACCCGGACUACAGAGACCCGGACUACAGGGACCCGGACUACAGAGACCUGGACUACAGGGACCCGGACUACAGGGACCUGGACUACAGGGACCCGGACAACAGGGACCUGGACUACAGGGACCCGGACUACAGAGACCCGGACUACAGAGACCCGGACUACAGAGACCCGGACUACAGAGACCCGGACUACAGGGACCCGGACUAUGGAGACCCGGACUACAGGGACCCGGACUACAGGGACCCGGACUACAGGGACCUGGACUACAGGGACCCGGACUACAGAGACCCGGACUACAGGGACCCGGACUACAGGGACCUGGACUACAGAGACCCGGACUACAGAGACCAGGACUACAGAGACCCGGACUACAGGGACCUGGACUACAGGGACCCGGACUACAGGGACCUGGACUACAGGGACCUGGACUACAGGGACCCGGACUACAGGGACCUGGACUACAGGGACCCGGACUACAGGGACCUGGACUACAGGGACCCGGACUACAGAGACCCGGACUACAGAGACCCGGACUACAGGGACCCGGACUACAGAGACCCGGACUACAGAGACCCGGACUACAGGGACCCGGACUACAGAGACCUGGACUACAGGAACCUGGACUACAGGGACCUGGACUUCAGAGACUUGGACCACGACCCAUCAACCAGUUACGCGAAUACUUACAAACCUGUACAUGGUUUGUCCAUUUUUGGCGGCUUUGUUUACAUAUAUAUUAAAUAG